AUGGAGCAGCGGCUGCGGCUGCGGCUGCGGCGGGCGGACGCCGGGGCUCGGCUAGGCCGGGCCGAGGCUGGAGAGGCUGAGGGUGGAACCCAAAACCGGGAGGAGAAGGAGGAGAAAGAGGAAGAGAAAGAAGGGGCAGCGGCGGCUGUCCUAAUGACCAAGGGGGCUCUGAAUCUCCCUGGGGACCUGCUGUCCCAGAAGAGGAAGGAAGCCCAGGAUGGGGGCCCCCAGGGGGUCAGGUUGGAGUUACACCCACUGCUGAACAGGUGGGCUCUAUGGUUCUUCAAGAAUGACCGAAGUCGAGCCUGGCAGGACAAUCUGCAUUUGGUCACCAAGUUUGACACCGUGGAGGACUUUUGGGCGAUGUACAGUCACAUCCAGCUGGCCAGCAAGCUCUCUUCCGGCUGUGACUACGCCUUGUUCAAGGAUGGCAUUGAGCCCAUGUGGGAAGAUAGCAGGAAUAAGAGGGGUGGCCGCUGGCUGGUCAGUCUUGCCAAGCAGCAGCGUCACAGUGAGCUGGACCGCCUGUGGCUGGAGACCCUGCUGUGUCUGAUCGGGGAGAGCUUUGAUGAGCACAGCCGAGAGGUGUGUGGGGCUGUUGUCAACAUUCGAACCAAGGCGGACAAGAUUGCCGUGUGGACCAGGGAGGCAGAGAACCAGGCAGGCGUGCUGCACAUUGGGCGUGUCUACAAAGAGCGCCUGGGCCUCUCCACGAAGAUUGUCAUUGGCUACCAGGCCCAUGCAGACACUGCCACCAAGAGCAACUCUCUCGCCAAGAAUAAGUUUGUGGUGUGA